AUGGCUGUGAUGGUGAUGGUUAUCACAAAAGUAAAACGNCCCCCCCGCCCCCCACCGAUGCACCCAACCACAACAAAUCAGAUGGCUGUGAUGGUGAUGGUUAUCACAAAAGUAAAACGAAACGUGUGCGUACCACCUUCACCGAGGAACAGUUACAGGUGCUGCAAGCCAACUUUCAGAUCGACAGCAAUCCGGAUGGGCAGGAUUUGGAGCGCAUCGCAUCGGUGACCGGUCUUAGUAAGCGUGUAACGCAAGUUUGGUUUCAAAAUUCGAGAGCGCGACAAAAAAAACAUAUUCAUGCUGGUAAGAAUAAAAUGCGUGAACCCGAAGGAAGCUCAUUUGCCCGCCACAUUAACCUGCAGUUAACGUAUUCAUUUCAGAAUAACGCCCAAAAUCCUAUGCACAUGAAUGGCAAUUCGAAGGGAUUAUAUCCGUCACAUG